CUUUAGUAGAAAGGUUUGAAAGGUUGAUAAGGAAGGUUAGCAAGAAUUCAACAUGACCGCCGAAGGUAUUGCCAAAGAUGCCAGUAGUGCAUUUUCAGUUCUUAAGACCUUAUCGGAUUCACAAAGAUCUGGGGCUCUUAAUAAGAUCUAUGAUUCAUUGAAGAAGAAUAAAGAACAAAUUUUGGAGAGAAAUCAAAUUGAUAUGGAUAACGCCAAAUCGAAUAACUUGAGUACUUCUUUAAUCAAGCGUCUCGAUUUAUCGAAUCCUGGGAAAUUUGAUACCAUGUUACAAGGGAUUCUUGAUGUUGCCAAAUUAGAAGAUCCAGUUGGUAAAGUUAGCUUACAACGUAAAUUAGAUGAAGGUUUAAAUUUAUACCGGGUAUCUUCGCCUAUUGGAGUUUUAUUGAUUAUAUUUGAAUCCCGUCCCGAAGUGAUUGCCAAUAUUACUGCGUUGGCAAUUAAAUCCGGUAAUUGUGCCAUACUAAAAGGAGGUAAAGAAUCGUAUGAGACUUUUAAGAUAAUGAGUGAUAUUGUUAACCGAACUUUACAAGAUGAAACUGAAGUACCCAGCAGUGCAAUUCAAUUAAUUCAAACUCGUGAGGAUGUUAAUGAUUUGUUAUCUCAGGAUAAAUAUAUUGAUUUGGUUAUCCCAAGAGGAUCAAAUGAACUAGUACGUAAUAUUAAGUCUAAUACUAAAAUUCCGGUAUUAGGACAUGCUGAUGGUAUUUGUUCAAUUUAUGUUGACGAAGAAGCUGAUUUAACUAAAGCUAGUAGAAUUAUAGUUGACUCCAAAACUAAUUAUCCAGCAGGAUGUAAUGCGGUUGAACAACUUUUAAUUCAUCAUUCGAUUAAUCAAGAAUCGAUCGUUAAAAUCAUUAAAUCACUUAUUGAAGCCAAGGUUAAUGUACACGUUGAACCACAAGUUAAACAAAUGAUUGAAAACGAACCGGAAAUUGAUCUUCAAUACGUUUUCGACACAAUUGAUGAUUCAUUCGAUAAAGAGUAUUUAUCAUUUGAUAUUUCGGUUAAAUUUGUUGAAUCGGUAGAAGAUGCAAUUAAACACAUUAAUAUUCAUUCUUCUAAACACACUGAAAGUAUUAUAACCGAAAACAAAGACACUGCCAAUAAAUUUUUAAAAGCCAUUGAUUCAGCAGGAGUUUAUUGGAAUUGUUCCACUCGUUUUGCCGAUGGGUUCAGAUACGGGUUUGGGACCGAAGUUGGUAUCAGUACUAAUAAAAUCCAUGCUCGAGGACCCGUUGGACUCGAAGGAUUAAUGACAUAUCAAUAUCAACUUAAAGGUGACGGCCAUAUUGUGGGCGACUACGUAGGGGGAGGCGGUAAGAAAUUAUUUGUUCAUGAAGAUAUAUAGAUUUAUAU